AUGAAACAGUCAUUCCAACAUCUGAAAUCAAAUUCGUGAUUUGGAAAUUAGUAGAUCAGAGCCAAGGGGCGAAAUGUAUAAGUUAUUAAAUGGAAAAGUUGUACUCUUACUGCUGUCAAUAUUCCAUGAAGCUUUUUCUUACGAUGAUUUAAUCUGUUCUGAUGGCAAUUCAGCUAAACAGGCACCAAUACUUGAUGAUGCAAACACAGCGCAAGAUAUCGUCACCGUAGGCGAAAAAAUUCAAUUGUACUGUUGUUUUUUGGGGGCAAAGCCGUUACAAGUGAAAUGGUUUAAAAAUGAAAAUCUUCUAACUACAAAAGGAAACUAUUCAUUCACCGAGGCCAAUCAAGUUUUAUCAAUCUCUAAGACGGUAAAAUCAGAUCAUGGCGUAUAUCGUUGCGAAGGUUCCAAUAAAUUUGGUCAAUUUUCAUGGAAUAUUACUCUUGAUGUUUUGCCUCCAUUUUGCAAAACGCUUCCACUUGUCUGUAGUCCAAAGCCAGACGUGACGGCGAAGAUAAGCAGCUCAGUAACACUGACUUGUAUUGUGCAUUAUAAAGCAAAAUGUACAAGCGGGCUACAAUUUUACUUUUGGAAGGAUUUGACGAGAAAAUUUGUCAUCGGACUCAGGAAUCAUAAAAAUAUUCGAGUGUCCCAUUAUGUAAAUAAAAAUGAUGACGUUGUCAUGGAGAUGAAGAUCAUAUAUUUGAAGAAACGGCAUGAAGGUGAAUACGAAUGUGGUGUUAAUGGCUCCAGAGGGGUGGUAAGCAGUAAAGUAAAGUUGACAGUGAACAAACGUCAUUUGAAAUCAGCUGUAACGAAAUAAUUAGACUGUUGCUGAAGAUUAGUACCAAAAAAGAACACGUUGUUGUCAUUUGUACGUAAGAAUAAGACAUCAUGAAAAUAUGUAUUUUUUAUUUUGAAAUAUUAAAAUGUGUAUUCUUCGAUUAA